AUGGUUCCGAUAUGGAUUGGUAUUAUUAUGAUUAUAUGGCUUCUUUUCAAAAUUGUUGAUUCAACUGAUAUACCAAAACUUCGUGGUCUUCCCGAAGCUAGCGGUUGGCCAAUAUUUGGAUGUUUAUUUCAACUAGGAACGAAUCAUUCUCUUGCUCUAUCCAAGCUAGGCAAAAAACUUGGUCCAGUCUUUCAGAUGCGUCUAGGAAAUAAACGAAUUGUUAUUGCAAAUUCUUUCGAUUCUAUUCGUGGAUUAUGGAUACGAAAUCAAUCAUCUUUAAUUAGUCGUCCGUUACUACAUACAUUUCAUACUGUUGUUAGUAGUAGUCAAGGAUUUACUAUCGGUACAUCUCCAUGGGAUGAAUCAUGUAAACGUCGUCGAAAAGCAGCAGCAACAGCAUUGAAUAAACCAGCAGUUCAAUCCUAUAUGCCCAUCAUCGAUGUAGAAUCUUAUUCUGCUAUUAAAGAUAUUUUUCAAGAAUGUAAAGAUGGACAAAUGGAUAUUAGUAUUAUUCCUCAUCUUCAACGAUUUGCUUUGAAUACUUCAUUGAUGUUAAAUUAUGGAACACGAUUUACCUCGUCUGAUGAUAAACUUUUAAAAGAAAUUUGUAAUGUUGAAGCAGCAAUAUCACGAUUUCGUUCGACUUCUAAUAAUUGGCAAGAUUAUGUUCCACUUCUUCGUCUAUUUCCAGCAAAAUCCAAGGAAGCAAAUAAAUUUCGUCUUCGUCGUGAUCAUUAUCUAAACAUUCUUCUCGAUGGAUUAAAACAAGACAUUACGAACGGAACAGAUAAGCCAUGUAUUACUGGAAAUAUUCUCAAAGAUCCUUCUGCACAAUUAAAUGAAGCAGAAAUCAAAAGUAUUUGUUUAACAAUGGUUAGUGCUGGUCUUGAUACUAUUCCUGCAAAUAUUAUAUUCGGAAUUGGUUAUCUAUCUUCAUCCCAUGGUCAAGAGAUUCAGCAACGAGCAUAUGAAGAAAUUCAAGAUAUUUAUCCCGAUGACGAUGCAUGGGAAAGAUGUUUAGUUGAAGAACGUGUACCAUAUGUUACUGCAUUUUAUAAAGAAGUUCUUCGAUAUUUUACAGUAAUUCCAAUGUGUCUUCCACGGCGAAGUAUUCACGAUAUUGAAUACAAUGGAGUAAUGAUUCCUACAGGAACUCUAUUCUAUAUGAAUGCAUUUGGCGGUGAUUAUGAUGAAGAGCAUUUUGAAAAUCCGGAAAUAUUUAAUCCAGAACGAUAUUUAGGUGAUGUAGAAGGUACACAACAUUUUGCUUAUGGAGCUGGAAGUCGAAUGUGUGCUGGAGCACAUUUAGCUAAUCGAGAAUUAUUUACAUUUUUUAUUCGAUUGAUUACAGCAUUUCGAAUUUUACCACCGAAAGAUGAAAACUAUGCAGCAGCAACAGAUGCAAUGGAAGCAAAUCAAUAUCAUACAGCUCUUGUAGCAGAACCAAAAAUAUUUAAAUGUCGGUUUGAACCGAGAAAUAAGGAACUAUUGGCAGCUUGGCUUGAAAGUACUCGACAACGAACAGAAGACGAUUGA